UAUUUCCCUCCCUGCCACACUCCUCGUCCCCACCCACUCUCUGACAGUUAACUGUAUAAAUAUCCUACUCUCAGCAUUGCUGGUAUUCAGACACUGACCUGCACUGACCAGGGAUACUCAGGUGGGAAGAGUCCAGCUAAAGAAAGAAAGAAAAUAUAUCAAGUGAAGAAACUCUGUACUGAACGGAGGAGGAUAAACAGUUGCAUCCCUGCAAAGUUCCCCAAACCAGAAGUUCAUCGAUUACCCUCCACAAUGUGGCUCCAGAUGUCUCUCCUUUGUCUGUCCUGCUUAACUUUGUCCAGCCAAAGCCAGGCCCAAGAUCGAGCUUCCCUCCGCCGCUCCAAUGACCACGCCGGGCGCUGCCACUACACCUUCACCGUGGCCAGUCCAGAGGAGUCCAGCUGCUCCGGAAGCAGCAUGAAACCAGAGAAGGAUGGAGUCUUGUCUCGGCUCACUCUGCUGGAGGCUUUGGUCAGCCGGCUCAUAGCAGGAGUGGACGGAAGCGUCGGGACUGGGGUCCAAGCUAACGGUGAAGAGGGUCUCCAGGAGGCUUACUCCCACGUUACAGGGGAAAGAAACCAGCUGCAGCAGGACAAGGAGCGUCUGAACAGGCAGGUCCAGGAGCUGCAGAGGAGGCUGGCCGAGCUGACUCAGGAGGCAGAGACCCUCCGGCAGAAACCCUGCCAGCAGACACACACCUCAGGGGGGACUCAGCGUGAAAACAGACCACCUGCCAGUGACACUGCAUAUGAGUUUGGGAAUGGUGCGUACCAGGAGAUGAAGGCUGAGGUAACAGAGGUUCCAGCAUCCCACCUCAUUCCUGAAAGAAAUCACAACUUCACAGGUUGUGGAGAGCUGCAGUCAGUGGGAGAUCCUGUGCUGCACAGAAAGGCUGACAGUAUCACAGGGAAGUAUGGAGUGUGGAUGCAGGAUCCCGAGCCUCAGGGCCCUAAUUACACCAACAAGACUGUGUGGCGUAUUGACACAGUGGGUAAAGAUGUCCGUCAGCUCUUUGCAUAUGAAGACAUGGAUCAAUUCUCCCGUGGCUUCCCUAUGAAGGUCCUGGUCCUACCAGAGCCUGUGGAGAGCACAGGGGCAACCAUAUACCGCGGCUCCCUCUACUACCAGCGCAGACGCAGCCGUACCCUGAUCCGUUUCGACCUGGCCUCUGAGAGUCUGGCAUCACGCCUGGACCUGCCUCACGCUGGCUUCCACGGCCAGCAUCCUUACUCCUGGGGCGGCUACACUGACAUCGACCUGGCGGUGGACGAACAGGGCCUGUGGGCUAUCUACAGCACAAGCAAGGCAAAGGGUGCAAUCGUGAUUUCCCAGCUGGAUCCUGAGAGACUGGAGGUGAAGAAAAGCUGGGAGACCAAUAUCAGGAAGAACACAGUGGCCAAUGCUUUCAUGGUAUGUGGACGUCUGUACACGGUGGCCAGCUACACUGCACCCAACACCACCAUCAACUACGUGUUUGACACGGCCACCGGCGUGGGGCGGGCUGUUGCUGUGCCCUUCAAGAACAAGUACCGUUACAAUAGCAUGGUGGACUACAACCACGCCCAGAGGAAGCUGUACGCUUGGGACAACUUCCACAUGGUCAACUAUGACAUCACACUGGGCAGGGCCAGCCAUGGCAGCAGCUAAAGGGGACACAGACAGAGAGAAACUGCUGUUUACAGGACUGUGCUGAAGAGCAAGUGAAUGAGAUCAAACAUAUAAUCACUUGCAUUGCACUGAGGUUAUGGCAAGGCUUGGUAAUCAAUGUGUUUUUGCAUCAUUAAAAUCUAUUUUUUCUAUUACUACUGUAAAUAUGAUCUAUUAUAGCAACAGAAAUAUAUUCAGAAAGUAGAUUAAUGUAGCUAUGAUAGAGCCCCUGAUGAUCUCAGUGAUCAUGACAAACAGUUAUCAUGGUUUAAAAUUGUGAAAUAUUUUUGUUAUCUGUUAAUAAAUGUUCAUGUUAUUUAAGUUCUCAACAAAAACCAUCUAUAAAAUGAGACACUAGCUAGUUUGUGUCAUAAUUUGGUAUGCAAGUUAAUUUCAAACUAAUGAACAGAUAUUUUGUGCUACCAGUUAUUGUCCUUGAUAAUGGGGACAUGGGUGAUGUGUAUGGUGAGUAUGGAUAGUGUAGCAAGGCACACUGUAUGGAGGGACACACAGACGACAGCUAUCUAAUUCUGGAAUUUGUUUGAUUGUUUGUUACCAAAACACAGAAUUUCUCCAAAACAUUGUUUCUCAGUGCUCAUCAUCUUGAAUGAAUUGAAAUGAAUGAAUUAAGUGUUUCAUUAAAUAUGCACAUGCAAGUCUUAAUAAACUAGGCUAACUGAUAAAACUGUUUGGGCAAUUUGGAUACUGCGAUUAAGGCUUUACAACAAUUGUAACAUUUGUGUACACUCCACUAUUACAGAUGUGUUUAGUGUGUGUAUAAUAUCUUCUCUACAUGCAGUGAGAUUCCUGUUGUAUGCUUGUAUAUGUAUUAAAUGUAUUAAAUAUGUAUAAAAUG